AUGCAAGAUCCAGAAUUGGUAAAAACCCGAGAUAGGGUUUUGGCUGGAAAGACUAGUGAUUUUUCAGUGGAUGAAAUAAGAAUGUUGCGAUUCGGAAAUCGUGUUUGUGUGCCUAUGGAUGAUUGUAUCAAAAGAGAGAUAAUGGAUGAGUCUCAUACGACUCCUUAUUCAGUUCAUCCAGGGUCAACAAAAAUGUAUCAAGACCUAAAGGCCAUGUUCUGGUGGCCAGGCAUGAAGAAUGACAUUGCUGAGUAUGUUGCUAAAUGUCUUACCUGUCAGCAAGUAAAGGCUGAACAUCAGAGGCCUGCAGGCUAUCAGGCAACAAUUGGGAUGGUCCCUUAUGAGCUUUUGUAUGGAAGAAAAUGUAGGUCACCUGUUCACUGGGAUGAAGCAAAUAUUAUUGAUUUAAAUGCUUUGAUAAUUGAUGUUCAACUUGAUGAUUAUGGUGAGAUUGCUUGA